AUGCAUAAACUUACCAGUCCAUAUAAGAAAGUGGGGCAUUUAAGAAGACACCUCAAGGACAAACAUCUGUGGGAUUUCAUUAAAAAUGAUACUGAAGAAGACAAGAAACCACAUCGAAUUGCGAUAUACAGGGCCUUAUUAAUGAAAUGUCUACUACUGCUUAAGGACACCAAUGAUGGAUACUCUAUGGGUGAUGGUGACAGGAUAAUGACCAAUGCAAAGUUUCAAAUGUUACUUUCAGGUGUAAGUCGCCACACCAAAUACCAAAUCUGGUUGUUUAGAUUCUUGGCAUAUUACUCUUGCAUACUAAGUCCAAAAGAUGCUUAUGAAUAUAAGUGGAACUGUACAUCAAAUCUUUCUGGUGGCACCGGCCACAACAUUCCAAAUGAUAAUCUGGUGGAAAUCAUGGUCCAUAGAUUAAAGGAGAAAGUGCUCUCACAAGGAGCAAAUGUUACAUUUCAAAGUGCGAAAAAAGCAGCCUUAUCACUGCAGGUGCAAGAUGAAAUAAAACAGAACGUGAUGAAAGAGAUUAACAUGAAACCAAAAAGGACAACUAGAGCUGAAACAUCCAAGAAGGAUGAUGUCGAGUUAAUUAUUGACCAACUCAAGAUGGCAGAAGUUUUUGACAAUGUGCCUGGAAGGCAAUUCCAUGCAUUUCCUAAUUUUCAGGACCUAUUUUUAUGUGUUAAAGUUUUUGAAUUACAUAAAUGGAUUCAAAGCCAAAAGGAAAGAUUAUCAUAUGAGAUUGUAUAAAAUAAACUGACAUAGG